GGGGGUCUGGGCUUCGCGUGGAUCCGGCGUCGGCAGCCGCAGGCACCCGGCGGAGUGGGGAGGGUGCGGACGCGGGGCUUGCGUCCGGGCUUUAGGAAGGCUUCGGGGCCGGCUAGGAGGCGCAGUCAGCCGGGAGCGGGAGGAGGGUGGCGCGCGCGGGACGACCCGUGGCCCGCAGCUGCCCGCUCGCCGGGUUCGCGCGCGUCUGCGCCCCUCGGUUCCCGGCUCGGCCCCGCCCCCUCGGCUCCUUCCCGCUCUGUCCCUCCCCCAGGAGCCGCGGCGCGGCCGGCUGGCGCUUUCUAGGGUGGCUGAGGGCUCGGGGCGGUGGGCGGGGACCGUCUCCCGACUCCGGCCUCUGCGGGGUGGCCUCCAUUAGUGUCGCGCGGAACCCCGAAAGCGAAGCCGCUCUGGAGAGUUAGUGCACCGACUCCCGGGCCCCAAGCUUUCAGAUUGAAAGGAGGAAUUUCGCAAAGCCUCCGGAAGCCAGAACCCACGCUGUACGCCGUAGCGGAUGUCCACUGCCACCGAGAAGCUGGACUCUGCAGACCUAAUUAGGGUAACAGUUUAAUCAGGUCGAGUGGGAGAAGGAGGACCCUUUCUCAGAAGCAAAACUCACCUUAUAAAACAAACUUAAAGCAUGAGAAUCCUCUUGGCAUGCAUGACCACCCAGGGGCACCAAAUUUCUGUUAAACUGCUUGGACACCUGGCACCUCCUUUGACCAGAAAUUUCUUUUUGUUCAUGACAGUUGAGGUCCAAACAGCCUUUUUGCAAGGAGUCAGAAGGCAACCUCAGAGUCUAACCCUUCUCUUGACAGCUCAGAGACUCCCAGGCAAGUCAUAUCCCGAGAGGCAUCAUGUCCAGUUUCGAAGAUGCUGAUACGGAAGAGACAGUGACUUGUCUCCAGAUAACUGUUUACCAUCCUGGCCAGCAGCAAAGUGGAGUAUUCCAAUCAAUAAGGUUUUAUAACCGAGAUAAACUUCCUUCCAGCGAAGUGGUGAAAUUUGGCCGAAAUUCCAACAUCUGUCAUUAUACCUUUCAGGACAAACAGGUUUCCCGAGUUCAGUUUUCUCUGCAGCUGUUUAAGAAGUUUGAUAGUUCAGUUCUCUCUUUUGAAAUUAAAAACAUGAGUAAGAAGACCAGUCUGCUUGUGGACAACAAGGAGCUGUGCUAUCUAAAUAAAAUAGACCUGCCUUACAAGUGCAUGGUCAGAUUUGGUGAGUAUCAGUUCCUGAUCGAGAAGGAAGAUGGAGAGUCAUUAGAGUUUUUUGAGACUCAAUUUAUUUUGUCUCCAAGAUCACUCUUGCAAGAAAACAACUGGCCGCUCCAGAGGCCCAUACCUGAGUAUGGUUGUUACUCAUUCUGCUCCACCCAAAACACUUCUCCUACAGAAAUGGAUGAAAAUGAACUGUGAAGACGGAGGGCUGAGAGGAGAAUCAUGAAGGAUGAAGAAAUCUGUAGACAUUUUAUGGAUACUUCACAGUUUAUUAGUAUAUUACAGUCAUCUGUUGUCAAAUUUGGCAUCUCUUAUUAUCAUUUUGAAGUCUUUAAAUUGUAUUAGUCAUCAGUUUAGUCAUUUGUUACAUACCUAGAUGUAUUUUGGAAUUACUGUGUAUUAUUAAGAAUUAUUAAGCAUAUUUAAGUGUACAUCUGUGAGGGUUAAUGUACAAGAAGUAUCCAUGCUGAUGAAGGGAUAGUGUUCUCAGUAAGAUUAUCUUCUUUUUAUGCUUGUUUUUAGUCCUAUGUUUUGUUUUGUAAGGAACAGUCUCUUGGCUUGGUCAGAUUAUUUCAUAAGUAGCCGUUUUUCAAGGUCAAGGCUGUGGGUGUGUUGUUUCUGGUGGUUUAGCCUGUUGGUACCUGCAGUACGAGAGUACUAGCCUAAUGUGUUUUGGAGAACUGUCAGUGCAUCAUUGUGGUUUUAGUAUAGGAAGCCCUAUCUGAGCAAUAAUACCUUUUCUAUGAUUUCCUUUCUGUAGAAGAAUAGUGUUUAUUCCCCAAAAUAGAAUUUUCCUUAUAUAUAUUCAGUAUCUAAAACCAGUAUUUUGGACAUUUUAAUGAACCAUUGCUGUGUUUAGGAUUCUUUUUCAGUUUUCUUACCAAACAUUGACUUUUAGGUCCCAUUCAUUUUUAAAUUCCAUGAAUUUGAAAUUUUAACAACAUUCAUGCAUAUAAUAAAGUCAAAGUUUAAUUCUGUAA